GCAAGAACAGAAACAGCGAUGUGGGUCGCUCAGUGCAGCACAGGGACCAAGCGUCACGUGGCUUUUAGCCUCUUGUCUCGGCGUUCCACCUCUCCCUUUAUCAUGUGACGUGUCAUGUGAUAAGGCGGUGAGAAACUGCGGCGGCUAGGCGGUCAAGGGUGGCAGUUCUUUUUUUAAAAAAAAGAUAUAGCUGGAUCGGAUAUUUUGAUCAGGGAAAGAGUCCUGACUGCAGUACAUCCGCCCCCUCGUGCAGUCCGUCAAUUUCUCCCUAGGUCGCUGGCUCUCUGCAGCUGGGCUAGCAAAAAUGACCCGCAAGGCAAUUGACUCGCGAAUCCCCGCGCUGAUUCGAAAUGGCAUCCAAGAGAAGAAACGAAGCUUCUUCGUUGUGGUUGGCGACCACGCCAAGGACACCAUUGUCAACCUGCACUGGAUCAUGUCCGGUGUCGAUGUGAAGCAGAAUAAAUCGAUUCUUUGGGCCUACAAGAAAGACUUGAUCGGCUUCAGCAGUCAUCGCAAGAAGCGCGAGGCUAAAAUAAAGAAAGAGAUUAAACGCGGAAUUCGCGAGCCCAACACCGAGGACGCAUUCGAGCUUUUCUUAGGUCUGAACCAGAUCCGCUAUGUAUAUUAUAAAGAAACCGAGAAAAUUCUGGGAAACACCUAUGGCAUGUGUAUCUUGCAAGACUUUGAAGCAAUCACUCCCAACUUGCUUGCUAGAACAAUCGAAACUGUCGAGGGAGGCGGUAUGGUACUUCUUCUUCUUAAAGGGAUGAAGAGCUUGAAGCAGCUUUAUACUCUCUCUAUGGAUAUCCACUCACGAUAUCGCACUGAAGCUCACGAUGACGUUGUGGCUCGUUUCAACGAACGCUUUAUUCUAUCGUUAGGAAGCUGCGAAUCCUGUUUGGUUGUCGACGAUGAGCUGAAUGUGUUACCCAUUUCUGGCGGGAAAAAUGUCAAGCCACUCCCUCCGCUCGACCCUACCGAGGAAGGAAAAUCGGCAGCGAAGAAAGAAUUACAAGUAAUCAAAGACGGUUUGGCAGAUUCACAACCCGUCGGAAAUCUGGUCACACUGGCCAAAACUGUUGAUCAAGCUAAGGCUCUUUUGUCAUUUGUCGAUGCUAUUGCUGAGAAGACUCUGCGAAGCACUGUCACCCUUACUGCUGGUCGAGGACGAGGAAAGUCUGCUGCGCUAGGCGUUGCCAUAGCUGCUGCUGUCGCACAUGGUUACAGCAAUAUUUUCAUCACGUCUCCUAGCCCGGAAAACUUAAAAACCCUAUUCGAAUUUGUUUUUAAAGGAUUCGACGCCUUAGGAUAUCUGGAUCAUGUUGACUACACUAUUCUUCAAUCAACCAACCCGGCGUUCAACAAGGCUAUUGUUCGGGUCAACAUUCACCGAAACCACCGCCAGACUAUCCAGUAUAUACAACCGCAAGACUCCUUUGCCCUUGGUCAGGCAGAACUCUUGGUAAUUGACGAAGCAGCCGCAAUUCCUCUGCCAUUAGUCCGUAAACUACUCGGGCCAUAUCUAGUCUUCAUGGCUUCGACUAUCAAUGGUUAUGAAGGCACAGGUCGGUCGUUAUCACUGAAACUCAUCCAGCAACUGCGAGAACAGAGUCGUGGCGCAAGCGUGAAAGAUGCUGACACAGACGUUGCUGAUCGAGCAAGCGGAAAGUCGGCAAGAAAUUCCGACAAAGCAAUUGGUGGUCGAACACUAAGGGAAAUUACACUGUCUGAACCUAUUCGAUAUGCUGCUGGGGAUUCCGUAGAGAAAUGGCUCAACAGAGUCCUUUGUUUAGAUGCGACUCUCCCAAAGUCGAAACUCAACACCCAAGGCUGCCCCCAUCCGUCUCAAUGCCAGCUUCUUCAUGUGAACCGGGACACAUUGUUCUCCUUCCAUCCGGUUUCCGAGAGAUUCCUUCAACAAAUGAUGGCUUUAUACGUGGCUAGUCAUUACAAGAACUCUCCGAAUGAUCUUCAAUUGAUGAGUGACGCUCCAGCCCAUCAGCUCUUUGUCUUGGUUCCACCGAUCGAUGAAGAAGCGACUAAAUUGCCAGAGCCUCUGUGUGUCAUUCAAGUUGCACUGGAAGGUCGUAUCAGCAGGGAAAGUGUUUUGAACAGUCUUAGUAGAGGGCAGCGCGCUGGUGGAGAUCUCAUUCCAUGGUUGGUCAGCCAACAAUUUCAAGACGAAGAUUUUGCUGGUUUAUCUGGAGCACGUGUGGUACGAAUUGCUACCAACCCAGAAUACCUGAAUAUGGGGUAUGGAUCUAGGGCACUGGAACUCCUUGUAGAUUUCUAUGAGGGCAAGUUCACAAGUCUCUCUGAAGAUGCCUCUUACCCUUCAGAAGAGAUGAUCCGUAUCACGGAUGCAGAACUGGAGAACUCAAACCUACUAGAUGAUAAUGUUCAUGUGCGGGACAUCCGCUCUAUGCCACCAUUGUUCGGAAAGCUGUCUGAAAGAAGACCAGAUUCCCUGGACUAUGUUGGAGUUAGUUAUGGAUUGACACCCUCACUUCACAAGUUUUGGAAACGUGCAUCUUUCGCCCCGGUUUACCUCCGUCAAACUGCCAAUGAGCUCACGGGCGAACAUUCAUGUGUUAUGCUGCGAACACUAGCCGCAGGAUCGAACGAUAUCAGCUGGUUGAGUGCAUACGCAAGAGAUUUCCACAAACGUUUCCUUUCUCUUCUGUCUUAUCAGUUCAAGGAGUUCCCGUCUGUCUUGUCUCUAAGCAUUUGCGAGUCUGCUUCGGCGGGCUCGAAAUCAGACCCCACGUUCUCACCAUCGCCGUUAACAAAAGCCAUGCUUGAUGGCGCGUUCUCCCCCUUCGAUUUGAAGCGUCUUGACAGUUACGCAAAUAACAUGCUAGACUAUCAUGUCAUCUUGGAUAUGGUGCCCACGACUGCUCAGUUCUACUUCCUUGGAAACCUCCACGGGAAGGUAAACCUGUCUGGUGUUCAGCAAUCUAUUCUCCUUGGAGUUGGUCUGCAACGGAAGGAUAUCAGCGACUUAGAGAAAGAAUUGAGUUUGCCGUCCUCUCAACUCUUGGCCAUGUUUAUCAAGAUCUUCAGAAAGAUAUCUACGCAUUUCCGUGGUCUGCUCGAAGGUGCCGUAGUGUCAACCCUCCCUGAAAAAUCCUCUAUUCCUGAUGCAUCCGCUGCUCAUGGCGAUGUUGUUGAUGAUAAAUUCCAGCCCCUAGAUGUCGGACUGGAGGAUGAACUCCGGGAAGGGGGCCAACAAGUGGAUGAUGAGUUGAAGGAGAAGCAGCGAGCUCUGAUAGAUGCCCUUCCCCUCGACCAGUACGAGAUUAAUAAUGGCCCAGCAGCCUGGGAAGAUGCCGAGAAACAGAUUCGACAGGGGGGUGCAUCUACCGUGAGCAUUAAGAGUUCAAAAACUUCGAAGCGUAAAGCCGGGGAGACGGCCCGAGAGAUCUACGACCAGGAAGUGGAGUCCAAGGUUCAAAAGAAGAUCAAGAAGGGAACAGAGAGCAAGAAGAAGCAACGAUCAUGAUUUUUAUCAUGAUGAUUGCAUUUAGUGAUUGGCGUUCAGAAGGGACAAAAAGCACCUGGGCGUUCUGGAUA